CAUAUUGAAUAUAAUUUAGGAAUUUUAUAAUACAGUAUAAUCCUGUGAUCAUUGAAUCAUGGAUGCCUGCCAGUCUGUUAAAGAUGGUGAUUGUGUACUUGUUCUUUGGAAAGCAAUUGUGAGGGAAGAUGAAAUGAAAAGUCUACUGGAUAAAAUAAGAAGCAAUGCUGGUUCCAAUGGCUCAGUCCACAUGGAACAAUCUGAACGACUUACAAUGGCUAACUACAGUGAAUCAACAUUUAACAUUGCCCUAGUUGGUAUUUUGUCUCCAGGAGAGUUUUACACAAAAUCAAGUUUUGUUGAGAUUGCAAGACUCUUGAAGCCUUCGGGGCAUUUCAUCAUGUCUUCGAAAUUGCAUCAACAAUCGGAAAAGACAGAUACAUGGUCAGAAAGUAGUCUCCAGUCAGCCUUGAGGCUUUCAGGAUUUGUCAAUAUCACAUUCAAACAUAACAAUGGUUCUAUUGGAGAUGGGAAGGAAACCGCUACUCUCAUUACUGCACAAAAACCAGCAUUUGAAGUUGGUUCAUCAACACAAAUAAAGCUCUCAUUUGCAAAGUCAAAAACAUCAGAUCAACAAAUUAAACAGGUUUGGUCUCUCUCAGCAGUGGAUAUGAAUGAUGAUGACGUUGAUCUCAUUGAUGAUGAUGAACUCUUGGAUGACACAGACUUGUUGAAACCAACAGCUGCUAGCUUAAAAGCCAGUUGUGGUCAGGCAGGACCAAAGAAGAAAAAAGCUUGCAAGAACUGUACAUGUGGCUUAGCUGAAGAGUUAGACGCUGGGGAGGUGCCAAAACCCAAGUCUGUUUCAUCAGCAUGUGGCAGUUGUUAUUUAGGGGAUGCAUUCAGAUGUGCAAGUUGCCCUUAUCUCGGAAUGCCUGCAUUCAAACCUGGUGAAAAGAUUGAACUUUCAAAUCGUCAACUCAAAGCAGAUGCUUGAGAUCUGAUACUAGUGUAUUAAUACCUAACAGAAACAUGCAAUAUUGUGACAUUGAUUUGUUUGUUAAUAUAUGACAAAAGUCAGAAUACCUUUAAUAAGUCUUGUUAUUCUUGGCUUUUUAACUAUGAUGCUCACCACCUAUUGUAUAUAGCCUGUUGUGAAAUACUUGCUUAGUGCUGAAAGUAAAAACUAAUUAUCUCUGCAACUUGUAUAUUUUUCUUUCUUUAUAUUGCUCUGUAGU